UGUUUUUGCAUUUUGCUGUCUCAAAAUCAACAAAUUCGGUAAAUUCGCACGUCCCCAACAAAAAUAAAAGUAGAAUAUUUUUGAAAACAAAAUUUAUUAUAAAAAGAUACAAACUAUAGAAAAUAUAAUACACAAGAUUUAAAAUCGGCAAUAUACCUAGUUCCUAAAAUAUAUACCUGACGGAGCUCUCUAACAAAAUCAAAAAAUGGCCCAAGUCAACCAAGUUAUUACCCUAUUCAACGGUUAUUCCUAUUUAGAUCCUGCAGAUCCAAAGAUUUUCAUAUCCAAUUGCACUUGUGUACUUAUUAAAGGACUUGAUGGCUACAAUAUUAUCGUUGACACCAUGAAUCCAUGGGAUGGUCCAAAAAUACUUGAAGCUUUGAAAGAACAUUCAAUUAAACCAGAAGACAUUUCGGCCGUAGUGUCUACUCAUGGUCAUCCAGAUCACACAGGCAAUAAUAAUUUAUUUUUAAAUGCAAAAUGGCACAUUGUCGGUCAGACAAUCAUGCACAAAGACAAGUUCCUGAUACACAUUCCAUUUACUCCAUUUGAAUUAACUCGCGACAUUCGAGUUAUCGAAACCGAAGGACAUACCCUUUCUUGUGUCUCAGUUAUAGUCGAGAAUUCCAGUCUCGGGGGUGUGACAGCAAUUAGUGGUGAUUUAUUUGAAAAGAAAGAAGAUAUAGAUGAUCCUGUUUUAUGGCAAGAAGUUGGUAGUGAAAAUCAAAAAGCUCAAUUUAAAAAUCGUAGUAAAAUUGCUGAUAUGGCCAAUUGGAUAAUACCAGGACAUGGUGAAGGAUUUGAAGUUACUUUAGAAAUUCGAGAAAAACUUCAACAACAAUUUAAAAAUAAUUAACAUUUAUUUCUUCUUUUUCUUUUUACAAAUAAUAUAAAAUACGUUCUAAAAAGUUUAUUUAAA